UUUAAUUAGAAGUCUAUAAACCCUAAACCUCUCCGGCCUCCCCCAUUCCAAAAUCUGUAGUUUCUGAAGCCUUUAAGCCAGAAAGAAAUGGGCACAACAAUUUCCACCAUAAAACCAAGCUGCAACACAAACAAUCUCAUCAAAACUAAGUCUUUGCUUUCGCUGUCAAGAUACAGCACUGCUACUCAAUCAAAACCCAGUAACAGCAGCAGGCUAUUUCAAAGAAUCAAUCCUUUAAGAGACCCCAAAGUUAGCAUUCUUCCGGUGCUUGAUCAAUGGAUUACAGAAGGGAACAAGUUUAAAGAACCUGAUUUUCAACGUUUUGUUCGCGAACUUCGAGCUAGUAAAAGAUACUCUCACGCCCUCCAGCUUUGUGAGUGGGUCAACAUCAACAAUUUUUACCCAGUUUCUUCUGGGCAUCUUGCUUUGCAGUUGGAUCUCAUUGGUGUAGCCAGGGGACUUGAUGCUGCAGAGUGCUUCUUCGAUAAAUUGAGUGAAAAAGAAAAAGAUGAGAGGACAUAUGGAGCUCUACUUAACUGUUAUGUUCGAGAAGGACUUGUUGAUAAAUCCCUUUUGCAUAUGCAGAAAAUGAAGGAGAUUGGCUAUGCAUCUUCUCCUCUUGUUUACAACAAUCUCAUGUGUCUCUAUUCCCGCACUGGUCAACUAGAAAAGAUCCCAGAUGUGCUGACACAGAUGAAAGAAAAUGGCAUCUCACCUAAUAACUUCAGCUACAGAAUCUGCAUCAACUCGUAUGGAGAAAGAUCUGAUUUUGACAGUAUGCAAAAGACUCUAGAAGAAAUGGAGUGCCAACCUCAUGUCACUAUGGACUGGACCACAUAUUCUACAGCAGUCAAUCAUUACAUUAGAGCGGAACAAAAGGAGAAAGCACUCGUUGUCUUGAAAAAAUUGGAAGCAAAGCUGAAUAAAGAUGCUCUUGGUUACAAUCACUUAAUAUCGCAUUAUGCGAAUCUUGGUAACAAGAAUGAGGUGAUGAGAUUGUGGGGCCUUCAGAAAGUUGUCUGCAAGAAGCAAGUUAACAGAGAUUAUAUAACAAUGCUAGGUAUGUUGGGGAAACUUGGGGAAAUCGAGGAAAGCGAAAUAGUGCUUAAGGAAUGGGCAUCAUCGUGCCAGACUUUUGAUUUCCGUGUACCAAAUGUUUUCCUUAUCGGGUUAUGUUCUAAGGGGUUGGUAGAAAAAGCUGAAACUACACUGAAGAACAUAAUUAACACAGGUAAGACUCCAAUACCAAACUCUUGGGCUAUCAUUUCGUUAGGAUACAAGGAGGUGGAGAAUAUGGAAAAGGCUUUUGAGUGCAUGAAGGAAGCUCUGGCUGUUGCGGAAGGAAGUCCAGGUUGGAGACCAAAACCUGCACUGAUUUCAAGCAUAUUGCAUUGGCUUGGUGAAAAGGGUGAAAUCGCAGAAGUAGAAGCUUUUGUACGUUCACUGAGGUCUGUAAUCGCUGUUAACAAAGAAAUGUACCAUGCUCUAAUUAAAGCAAAUGUAAGAGGUGGUAUAGGAGUGGAUGAAAUUAUAGAAAGCAUGCAGUUUGAUAAUAUAGACAUCGAUGAAGGAACAGAGGAAAUCCUUGGCUUGAGAAAGGAGGUCACUGAAUGAUUCCAACCACUAUGUUUUCUUAAUUUUGGCCAUUUAAGCCAUGGUCAUAUUGGGCACCUGAAGUAGUUAAGUCAGUCUACUGUUACCAGUUGACCAGUUAGCUGAAUCUUGUUGCAGCAUGAAUCCCUGACUGCAUAGUCUACUUUAGAUUAUGGGUCCAAAUUAAUUUAUGUUUCUUCCAUAAGUCUAUUGUAAGAAAGAGUGCUUCGCAAGUCUGCAAGAUUUAGGAUCCAAGAAGUUGCACUUUCACGCAAGUAAGCAGACAUCUCUGUGCUUGAUUUGGAAGAUGGUUUUAUACUUAGAUAUUUAUAGUUGUCUUAUUUGAAGGAAGUACAUUACAAGUCUCUCCCUCUAAUAAAUUAUCUUCGGUAUAGAAGUCAACUAUGAUUGAAACGGGAAAAUUAUUUUAUACAAUUCUUUUAAAUCGUCACCUAUAUUUAAUUUUUUGCACCCAUCAAAAUACAUGAAUGGGGAGAGAGGAGAUGCCUCUCCUUUAUGAUAAAUUUUUUUAAUGUGCGUAGAUAUUUACAAAAUAAGUUGCAAAAUAGAAUUCCAUGUUGAAGUUUAUUUGAAAAUAAAGUUCUUGUCUCUGAAGUUGUGUGCAUUUGUUAGUGUUUGUGUGUGUGUGUGUAUUGUGGAGUUGUCUUUCUUGUCCUCUUCAUUGCCUUCUGUGCUAGGUUGCUGUUACUAAAGAGGUUGUUAUUUGUGCGGUGACAAACUUGCGUGUUGUAACUAUCUUGAAUUGGAACCACAUUACUGGCAUGUCCUAACCAGGUUUACCAUUAGUCAAUCCAAGUGUAUCUGUUUAUUGGAUUGCCCUGUUCCAUCAGACUGUGAUAUUUGUUUUCUGUAGAUAGUUAAAUCGAACGAUACUAUCUAAUUGUCCUUCCAGGUAUGUCAGGCAACUUAACAGCUAUCUUGUUCACUUAGUUGUGAAGAUAUCCUAAAUUUCAGUAGCCAUCAGAGUGUGACCUGUGGUAUUUCAGCUAUCCUAUAUUUCAAUUUGUUCUGGCCAGCAGAGUAAUACAUAUUUGUUGCCAAUAAUGCCAACUUUGAUGUAAUACCCUCCCUUCAUUUAGUCUUUUGGAGCUGCAAGUUUAUUGCCCAUGCUUCAGAUGUACCCUUGCGGUUUUAUGGGAGCCCCGUGGCAUGAGCAUUUUGAAGGAUGUUUUAAUUGAUGGAAGUAGGAAACCAAUGACAGGUCUAUGAACUCACAUUCACCGGUCAUAAGUCUGUAGCAAGGAUUGGUAUCUACUACAGAUAUCUGAUUUAAACCUCCAGGGCAUGGUAAAUUUUUGAAGCCUUGAGGAAGACCCUGAAGUCUGUGCAGAGCAAUGAGACAAUCUUCCCAUUUACGGUGAAGGGGACAUGGCGAUAUUUAUCAUGAUAAAGAAAAUGAUGCAGGCCAAAACAG